GUACAGGUGCCGUCUGUGCACUUGGCUACAGAGACAGGCCCUGAUCAGAACCCAGCUUCCUGGGCAGAGUUGGUAGUAAUCAGAUUGUUUGGAAGGGGAGCUUGUGAUUUACAGAAUCGUGGGGAAAGUCUUUCUGAUCAGAGGAGGAUUGCUCCCUAAGUCGAUCAUUUGUACGUUUGACUGGUUUAGUUAAGGGAGGGGCAUCACGCCCCCCCCCCCCAUACACACGCACACCUCCCUGUCCUCUGUUCUCCAUCCUGGACAGGAGCAAGUGGGAGGAAGUCCUGGUAGCUGUGACAGGCCUGCGCGAGGGUGGUGCAGCAGAUAGCAGGAAGCGUCAGGAGUCCAGGCUUACCCAGUUAGUGUGACCCCAUACUUCUGUAGGGCAAGAGUAAGCCAAGCCUGCAUAACUCCUCAUUGUAUCUGGUAGGUCAUACGGUCUCUGCAAGUCGUAGAAACUAAUGGAGAAUUUUAAUACCAAACUCCAGGUGGUCCCUAGAACAUCCUGAAGCUUAUGUGUCUUGUCGCUUGGUCUGGCCAAGCACAGGGGUGAACUGGUGUGUGCAGACCUUUUUCAGAUGGGAGGCUUGAAUUCAUUGUUCAUCGUCUGUGCUCAGAGCUCUCCAGUCACUCUGUCCAAUCUCCUGUUGCUUCCCGGUUAGGAAGGAGGUUGACUGAGGCCUCUGCCCACCAAGAAGCUGCUAGCCUCCAGAAACACUGUAAACUGUGUGAUCAGAGAGCAGGGAGGACCCACGUAGAGUAGUAGGUUGUUUGAAGCUGCUGACAGCAUAGCAAGUUGUCUUCAUCUGAGCAGUCCAUUGGGUGUUUAGGAAAGGAGUAAGCUGUCUCACUGGAAGGGUUCAAGCAGAAUCCCCAUCUCCAUCCUCACCCUCAGAGGGUUAGAAGGAAUGAUGAUGUGUAAAAUCUAGAAUCUGUGGAAAUGAGGACUGGACUUUCAUGCAGUAUUACAGAUGCCCACCUGACAGAUGUAGACAGAGUUGAGCCCUAGAAAUCCAAAGCUUAUACAUUCGCUACGCUGAUGUUUUCUUCGACAUGAUUGAUGUAUUUCAGCAGUCAUUACUUCAAGAAGUUUCCCCUGAUUAUCUCACUCCGAGUUGAUUUCUCUUUUCUUUGUAUUCUGUAGUACUUUACAUAGAAUUUGGAAUGGACACUCAUGGACUUUUUUUCUUUCACAUGAAUCUGUCUUAGUUCUCACAUAAAACCCUGUGGCGCAGGGAAAAUACAGCAUGAUUUGUUAGGCAGAUUAAUAAGUAAGAUUAUGAAGGGACUGCGUAUCCAGACUGAGAAAAUAACCACCUAUAAUCUGUCUCUUCAGAAGUACCAUUUCCAUGAAAAUCACUGAAUUUCAGACCUUCUUUGCUGGUUGCUGAAGGGCCUCUGGCGACACUGUUAACCUAGUUCAAGUUUGUAUGUAUACUUGAAAGUUAUCUAGAGGUAUAUCUCCUGCAUAGCUUAUAAUUCUAGCUCACCACUCACCCCCAGAAUGAAUGGAUACCUUCUUUUUUGAAUAACGAGAUCCAGACAAGACAAAUCAAAAAUACAUCAUUAAAACAAAGACAGAGAUCAUUUGUUUGCACCCCUCUUUUGCCCCAGCAUCAUCUUAUUCCAGUCCUGUCUUAUGACCACACGCUUUAGUGGAGGGGGAGGGGACUAGGAGAGUAAAAGGGGUAUUAGCCACCCAUCAUGGCCCAACUCUGGCCAUUGAGAGAAUUUCUAGGGGUGGAGCAAGAAGUAGAAAUUGGAGGCUGCAGGCUAGGUUCAGCUGUCACCCUAAUAUUUCCAGCUUGUGGGCUCAGCUUAUUCCUAUAAUUGUGAAAACACAGUUUGCCUGAAUCGUCUUCAUGUGCAGUUCCUUAAAUAGCCACUAGGUGAGGAUGUGGCUCCAUGAAAAUCGUUCUCAGCAGGACUUGGUCACUCAUCUCUUUGUUCCUGUACCAGUCUCUCCCCUCUUCUACUUUGUGUGUCUGUCUGUUUUGUAACUUGUUCCCCAGUUCAUAAAGAGGUUGGGUUGUGGGGUCACACAGGCCUGGAUUUGACUCUCUCUGAGGUUUUCCCCUCUGUGAAAUGAGGAUAGGAGGACCUGCCUUGUGCGGGAAACUGGCACUCUCUCAGGCCACUGGUGGGAGUAUAAAUUGAUGCUACCCGGUAGAGGUAGAACAUAUGCCAGAAGUACACAUGCGGGUCCCCUUCGCCUCAGCACUUCUCCUUCUGACUGUUGGUGCUGUGGGUGCGCUAGCACACGAGCAGUGGUGUGUGUACGUGUUUGUUGAUCACAGCGUUGUUUGUAGUAGCAAAAGUUUGGAUCUAACGUAAAUAUCCACCAGUAGGGGACCAGUGGAAUACGCUGGCGUGCAUCCUUACAGUGGAGCACGGUGCUGGGCAGUGGUUAAAAAAGAGAGAGUGCUGUCUGUUUAUUGCUAAGGAAGGAUCUCCAAGAUAUUUCAUUUAAAAAAAAGAAAGAAAAGCAAGGUUCUGAACAGUGUGUCCUGUAGUUUGCUACUUUCAUGUAAAAAGAGGGGGAAGGAUGAAAUAGAUUUUUGUGUUUGUCUGUAUAUACAAUCAAGAGGUGAGAAACACACAUGACUUUAAUUAGCAUAUUUACCUGUUUUUGUGGGAGUAUGUAGUGGUAAGCAUUUUGCUUGAUUUAUAUGAAAAAAUAACCUGCUUUUUCUUCCUCUGUUGGACUCCUUCGUUCCUUGCAAGGUGACUUUCUGCACUGAUUCCGCCCCUCCCCCCCAAAACACUAGCUGACACUCAGCAUGCACUGUGCACAGGCGCUGUCGUCAUGCCCCGCAUGCCCUGGCUCGUUUUAGGAAUGGGGACAGGGCUGGAGGGAGACUUACAUGUGCAGUGUAUUUUAUAUUUGAACCACGUGUGACCGGUUCAAGACUGUCAUUCUUCUGAUUAGUCCCUGCGCACGUGCUGCUGGCGGUGAGAAGGCAAUGAGAGUGCGUGUGACGUGUGUUGUGCUCUAGGCUCGCCUCUGAUUGCCUGGAGCCUCGCCAGGCAGGCAGGGCAGGACACUCUUGUUUUCCAGGCACACGGUCCACACCAGUGGUGGUUCCCAGUGUGAGGGCCCAGCAGGAUGAGCCCGCAGCCCCAGCCCUCCACCCUCUCAGGCUUCCUUGCUGCCACCAGCGCCUCCUCUUGCCGUCACCCGCCUUCUCGUCUCUGAGGAACGGGGCUGUUUCUGGCCAGGUUUUAGCUUUGAGGUUGACCCAGUGCAUUCCAGGCGGCCGCCCAAAUCCUGGGUGCUUGUGCUUCUCUCGCCUCCGUGUCCAGAUCCUCCUGGAGUUCUCUUCCUGCCCGCUUUUUGUCCCACCCCAUCCAGCCAGGGCUCCUGGUAGAGCCCCUGCCUGCACACUCAGGCUGGUGGGGGGGUCUCCCUCUGUGGUCCCUGAAGCUCCUGUUGGAACAGUUCUGUUUUCAGAUCCAGCUCCCAGAUUAUUCCUUCUCUUGCCCCGAGUGCUCACCCUGGUCCCCUGCCCCACCUGCCCGCCGCCUGCCCGGUGUGCUUCUCUCUCACUGUCACGUGCAUGCACACGGCGUGACCGUUGCUGUUGUUACCAGCCGGAUUUCCACGGUUCCCUCAGUCGCCGGUUACCUGUAACCCAGUCAGCAGGAGGAGAGCUGCUUCUCCCUCCGGUCACGGGCCAUCUUGGAGCCCCCCAGGCCGGGUGUGGGUGCGAGGCUGCCUCUCGGCCGCCGGGUGUGUUGCGACGACAACUGCUGCAGGCUGGCACAGGGAGGGCCCAGGCCGGGCCCCUUACCCAGCGGGGCUAGGCCAAAGCGACAGGGGCGGAAAGGAGACUUGAGGCAGGACAGACCUUGACUCUAAUUGGGGCCUGCACUGAGCCUCCUGGCACCUGCUGCUGGGACUGCUGCCAGCCACACAACAGCAGAGGACACAGUGACGUGCUCCCGUGUCCCCUGUGGAAGGGUCUGGAGCUGAGGAAAAGCCAGACCUCUCUGUUUUCCUUCGAGGAGGGAGCCAUCAUUUGCUCUUUUGGCCAAAAAAGUGUUUGUCUUAAUCAUUAAAAGGUAAAAAACAAGGUUUCUUAGCCGUAGAUGCAGAAAGCUUCUCUUCUCUCCCCUUCCCAUUUUGUAGGGAGCUGAAGCUUCAGCAGAGCCCUGAUCUAGGGACAUCUCAAUGGCCCUGGGAGAAGAAAAGGCAGAGGCAGCCGCGGCCGCAAAGCCCUCAUGCCCUGGGGGGUGGAGCUGGACCCCGCAGGGCCUGCGCGUGGGGAGCAGCCGCCCCACCUGCAAGCCGAGGGGGGCCCCUCCCCUGUCAGGGGUGCCCAGGGGCUUCCUGCCCCUGCCUGCCACGGUGGGACUGGCCCUGGCCCUCGGGAGCCGGCAGUGGGUGGGUCUAAGCCGGCUCUCAGUUCCCUGCUUCCCCCUGCCAGCCUGGGGACUGGAGAUUGGCACUCCGUGAGAAGCCAGAUGGAGGAGACUAGGCUUUCUGCCUCAGAGGAGCUACCUCAGACUCACACCGUUCCCAGAACCGCUGCCCUUUGCUCAGGACAUGAUGCUGACACUGAAGAUGACCCGUCCCCAGUGGAGUCGCCACAGGCGCUAGACCACAGCCCACAGUCUCACGUCUCAGGGUUCCCGUUCCCGUCAAGGUGGAGGUCCGCGGUGAGCCCAGGUGCCACUGCGCCUCAGUCUUCCAGCUGCAGCGUCUGUGCCUCAUCCCCGGGCAGCAGCCUCCAGGGUCACCAGGAAAAGGUGGAGCCUCAGAGUUGCUCCCUUGCCAAGGUCUCCUCCUCCCUGGAGCUGGCUGUCCCGCCGUCGGCCCCCUCGGUGGUGGGGCUGGGGCCUCGGCUCCAGUGGUCGCCCCAGCCAGUGUCCUCAGGGGGCGAUGCUCCCGGGCUGGGCAGGAGGCGCCUCUCCUUCCAGGCCGAGUACUGGGCCUGCGUGCUGCCGGAUUCCCUGCCUCCCUCCCCUGACCGCCACUCCCCACUCUGGAGCCCGAAUAAAGAGUAUGAAGACCUGCUGGACUAUACUUACCCCCUCAGGCCCGGGCCUCAGCUCCCAAAACACCUUGACAGCCACGUGCUGGCUGAGCCCGUCCUGCAGGACUCAGGCAUAGACCUGGAUAGCUUCUCCGUCUCCCCAGCAAGCACCCUGAAGUCACCCACUAAUGUCUCGCACAGUUGCCCACCAGCAGAGGCCGCUGCCCUGCCGUUCUCAGGGCCCAGAGAGCCGCCGAUCCUUAAGCGGUGGCCCUCUGGAGUACCCCAGAAGCAGGGCAGUGUGGGGUUGGCAUCUUGUAGCCCCAUUGCCUCUACCCCCAGAGCCCCAGGCAGUAGGGACACUCCUUGGGAGAGCAGAGAGCCAGCCCUGAGGGGCAUGAAGCACUGGCCACCUGUGGGCAAGCACCUUGAGCUGGGCUCUCUCCACCUGAGAACAUGGGACAGAGGGUGGCCCUCACCCAGGCUGGAAAGGGAGAAGGGGGCCAGCCAGGGUAUCGAGCGCUUCGCCUGCACGGAGUCUGGAUGGAAACCACAAGAGGAGGCAGAAAGUGAUGACGAGUAUCUGGCCCUGCCCUCUCGACUGACGCAGGUUUCUAGCUUGGUUUCGUAUCUGGGUUGCAUUCCCACCUUGGUCCCCCUGCCCACUGAUGCUGCCGAAGGGCAGAGAUCCCUGGAUGUGUCAGACAGUGAUGGGCCAGCUUCCCUCCCGUCAGACUCCAGCCAAAGCCAGCUUCCCUCUGGGGCUGCCCUCAGAGGGUCCCGAAGCCCUGAGGACCACAACCACCGUUUGCUAUGCUCCUUCGUCCGCGCAAGGGGCUCAGCGGGAGAGGGCAGUCUGCUGAGCAGCCAGGCCCUGGGGGUCUCCUCUGGACCACUGAGAACACACGGCUCCGUGCCGGCGAUGUUGGACCAGCGGGCAUCCUCGGAUCCAGAUGCCGAAGGGCAGCCUCCCAGGAAAGGAGAGCAGGGAAAAGAGUCGCUCGUGCAGUGUGUGAAGACAUUUUGCUGUCAGCUGGAAGAACUGAUCCGCUGGCUGUAUGAUGUAGCAGACGCUGCUGACCACCUGACUGCAUCCAGGUCCAGCCUUACAGGCCUCAAGUCUUCUCUGCAGCUUUACCGGCAAUUUAAGAAAGAUAUAGAUGAACACCAGUCCCUGACGGAGAGCGUCUUACAGAAAGGGGAGAUUCUACUUCAGUGCCUGUUGGAUAAUACCCCAGUGUUAAAGGACAUCCUCGGGAGGAUCUCCAGGCAGCCCAGCGAGCUGGAGAGCCAUGCAGAUCACCUGUAUGACACUAUCUUAGCCUCUCUGGACACACUGGCUGGCUGCACCCUCAUCCCUGAGAACACACCAAUGGCACACAGGAACACCAGUGUGAAGGGGAUUAGCCUGGCAUCUUCUCAGGAAGAGAUGUAAUCUGUUAGCCCAAAUAUGGCUAUUGGGAAACUUUCAGAAGUCCUUGUUAAGAGCCAUUCAGUACUGAAAUCAAGGGGGAAACUUUCAUGUACUAGCUUUAAAAUGCCUUUCUCUUCCCUGAAGUAAGGGCUGUUGAGUUAACUAUUUUUAUUUAAAAUGAAUCCUUCCAAAUUAAGGUUUUCCUUUGGUGCUUCUCUACAAAGAGCAUGUAGCUUUGCGGUUGUUGAUAAAAUAAUGCAAAUAAGGCUUACAGGUCUUUCCUCUGUCCCUUUAAAAAGAGGAGAGAGCGCUCCUAAACUAGUCCACCUGCUGAGAUCAUUUAAAGAAGGUACAAGAAAGCAGGUACCCGAUACUUGGUAUUCUCAGGCAUAAAAGAGGAUCCAAGAGACUGGUGGGCCAGGAACUUGGGUCUUUUCAUAAAAUGAAGCAUAGGCUUAUAAAUCCCUCCUCUUUGAAGAGACUUUUAACUCUCCCAGUUAAUAGAAGGUUCUGAACAAAUAGAACCUCUGUCAGUUAUUUUGGGCUGUUGUUAGGAUAUCUUUUAUCAUCCUAAGUGCCCAGGCCUCCAUCUGCCUGCCUAACUAACAUCUUAAAGGAGAAUGUGUUAGGGACUUGGGGAACUGCCAUUGAGCUUCAGCAGGACUAUGGACUCAUUACCUGCUUUAAGGGUACCUCCGGGAGGAGCCUUCCUCCAUUCCUGCUCUCCCUUGUAAGAGUAGUCCAGGGUCAGAGAAGGGCAUGGACAGGAUCACACAGCCUGGUUAACUACAGAAGCUAAGGCUGUCGAUAGUGAGGGGAAAAGGUAAUUCUUCGUUGCUUUGGGAGUUGACAUGUAAGUAAGUAUCUUGUAGAGAAAAAAAAAAAAAAAAAAGUAUGGAUCAGCCAUUUAAAGCCAAUUCCAUGGCUUCUUAAAGCAAAAU